AUGUCUUCUCAAUCUACUGAACAAAGCCAAGUGAAAUGGGUCAUGCUUCCACGCCCCAAACGACUCAAAGGCACCUUUGCUUCUAUUGUACUCCAAAAUAUCCAGGGUCAUGACGACUGGCACACAUUAAAGGCUCCCGCAUUUUAUGGGCCAAAAAAUGAGUGGAAAGGUGUCAGCGAAGAGUCUCCACAAACAAGCGAUGAGCUUCGUAUCAUCUCUCUCAACAGCCAGGAGAUUGAAUGUGAACUUGAAGACUGUUCAGUUUUAACUGAGUUCGGCCCUGGUGAUGGAACCAAAACGAUGGAGAUACUAAAAUUGGUUAAAAAUAUAAAACUUUAUCGAAUGGUGGACGAGGAUGAGAGUGCCAUGUGGAAGCUUGCAGCAAGGAUAACCAAGCUUUAUCCUCGCCUUUAUAUUGAAUGCUGGCAAGGGCCAUUUGAAUCAGCUCCAAGUUACGCUACCAAUAACCGCCUUCAUCUUGGACACGCCCUAUCAUUAGGAUCUACCCUCUUUAACAACUCACCGGAAGUGAACAACAAAUUAAUGCGAGAUUUGGCACCAAUUACGAACAAAAUAAUUAUAGGUCAAGACGGAAAUACGGAUGAGCACAGUGUCCGCUCCUCAUAUACUACACCCGCCUUCCAUAAUUUCAUUGAGAAAGGUCGUGAUCGGCUGGAUGAAAUGUUGAAUAGUAUUGAUCGCAACCUAGGACGUCAGGUACUUAAGAAUGAGGGAUGGCAGUCGAAUGUUCGCAUCGUCCACGAGCCUGCUUUCCAUGUGGUGUGGCAAUUAGUAGCUACGAAAGCCAUGGAUUUCAUUUUCCACGAGGACUCACCUGGGGAACAGAAGAGAGUGCGCAUAAAAAAAAACACGGAACUCAACAUAUUUAAGGCCUAUAAGUACAACCAGCAAUCUAUUGAUGUCAUGGCAGCCCAAGCUGGUUACGAUAGAUCAGCUACAUAUGUAGCUUCUAAGACUGGAUCUUGUCUUCACAUUCUUGUGCCCCUUCGUGACGACAUGGUGACUCGCGUCACAACUGUCGAGGAUAUUGAUGUCCAGGACCCAAGGAGGUUGAAAAUCGAAACUUUACAUCUCUCUUUUUGA